GAUGAUUCCGGGACACUUAUUUGAGUAUAAAUAUCACCCGUCUUCAUUAGAUAUGACAAUGUUAAGGUGGUUCACCGGCUCUAGUUCUUCACCAAAUCUUUCUCUGAGACUCUGAAGGGAACAAUUUAAAAGCCAAAGUUCAUCAUGGCAAUGCUGAAAAGUUGUCUGCUUCUCUUCAUUAUCUUCUCCAUGGGGAAUACAGAAGAACCUGAUCACGGACAUGCCAAAUGCCCUUCUACAUGGAGGAGUUUUGGACUCAGAUGCUGCAAGUACUUUUCUGAUGCGAGUAACUGGAUCACAGCAGCGAGAAAUUGUCAGAGUCUUGGUGCGACUCUCGCAUCUGUGCGUAGUAAACUGGAAAAUAAAUUCAUGCUGAGUCUGUUGCCUACUCCUUCAACACGUACUUGGAUUGGUGCAAAUGAUGCUGUACAAGAUGGACAGUGGUUGUGGAGUGAUAAAGCUGUGUUUUCGUACACCAACUGGUGCUCUGGAGAACCCAACAAUUACCAGCAGCGUCCCGAGAACUGUUUGGAGAUCAACUUUACCGCUGACCGUUGCUGGAACGAUGCACCCUGUUCAACCUCAUUAUCCUAUAUCUGUGUCCUAGACAUGUGUGAUGCGUCUAUAUGGGCAUAGACGCAUCACACGGUGUUUUGAUUGAACUACUUUUCAAGUGUUAUUCUUAAAUUAAAUUUCUACUAAGCUUGAAUCUCUUAUAUCUUUCUCUGACCUUCUCCUCACAUUAAUAAAAGCAUUGAAGAACCCAAA